AUGCAAACAUCUGCAGUACCUACUCAAGGUAGCGAGGUGUCUCCUUACGGGCCGCUGUGGGACGCUCCGCCGGCACCCGUGCCGUACCCCGACAUCCUGGCGUUCCCGCCGGCCGACCUUGUGUGGUCGGCGGCGGGAUGCGGCGGUCGCGCGGGCGCUCGCGUUCCAUCAGGCGGCAAGAAACCACGUCGCCGUGUCGCGUCCGUGGCACAACGUCGCGCAGCCAACAUUCGCGAGCGACGCCGCAUGUUCAAUCUCAAUGAAGCCUUCGAUAAAUUGCGUAGGAAGGUGCCGACAUUUGCUUACGAAAAGCGUCUCUCCCGCAUUGAGACCCUGAGGCUGGCCAUCACCUACAUCAGCUUCAUGUGUGAACUGCUCCACGGCUCUCCUCAACCCCACCAUGCCUCCCACGCUAUACAUCCUCCGAGGCAUGUGUUCGAUGCUGAAGUACCGUGGUGCGCAUAG